ACGAUAUCUGAGAAGUUCGUCUCGCAACACACCAGCGGCUCGUCUGGGGUUGGGGAAUACUCCAGACGGCCCGACUCCACCUUGAGGGAAACAUUUUUCAGCCCAAUCCUACAUCAUGCUGUUUCGCAGUACAUCUCCCGCCAGCUUCCCACAGCUCUUAUUUUUCCUGCCCCUCUCUUUGUUUCUCAGGGUUUGGGGAAUUUGGGUCUGCAGAAUUUUCACCAAAGGACGCUUUCUGCAUCGUCCUCGUCUACAGCCAAGAUCACCUGCUUUGCUGCUGCGUUCAUCGUUCCCACGCUGGGAAUACCGCCUAUUCUCCUGGGAGCAGCUGCUGCGUCAACAAACUGGAACCUGACUUCUUAUGGAUUCCCGUCUCCUCAUGAACGUGGGGAGACAGGGCUCGUCCUGCCGCUUGUCCUUCAGCACCUCACCCCCUCCUACAUCUCCAUCAUUGGCAUCGGGGCGGUGGCAGCUGCCGUGAUGUCAUCCACUGACUCAGCUUUACUUUCUGCAGCCUCCAUCUUCACCUCCAAUAUUUAUAAGAACAUCCUGAGGACGCAGGCGUCUGACCAGGAGAUCCAGUGGGUGAUCCGCUGCUCUGUAAUAGUCGUGGGCCUGGCUGGCACGUCGCUCACCUUCCUGGACAACAGCGUCCUGAUGAUCUGGCUGCUUCGCUCCGACCUCACCUACACUCUCAUGCUACCUCAGCUCAUCUGCGUGCUCUUCUUCAGCGUCUCCAAUGGUUACGGGGCCAUUCUGGGCUGCGCCGUCGGGAUCCUCCUGCGGCUGCUCUGCGGGGAGCCGGUGCUUGGCAUACCAGCCAUCAUCAAGUUCCCAGGAUACACUCUGGAAAACGGCAUCUACAUCCAGCGCUCGCCGAUCAGGACGAUCUGCAUGCUGUCUGCCGUGUUCUCCAUCUUGUUGUUCUCCUACCUCGCUUCUGUGCUCUUCAAGCGAGGCCUGAUUCCUGGGAAGUGGGAUGUUUUCAAUGUAAAAUCUCAAUAUUCAAUACAACUCAGCCAUAAGGCAGACCACAACCUGAAUGAUCCAACUGAAGGCAGUGAAGUGUGUGAGCUGAAGUUUGAAACAAAACUUUAGUGACAAAUGACGUGGUGCAAUAUGCAGUUUGAUAACUUUUAAAAUAAUGAUUUCAUGAUGAUUUUAGCCAUUGCGACAUAGCCAGUAUUUUUUUUUUUAACUUUGCAUCGUUAGAAUGCAGUCAUGAGAAAAACAAUAACACAUAUGCUUUUUGUUAUAAGAGCCCAGCAUUUCUGCAGUUUUAUGCAGCAGUGAAAUGUUAAAACACUCGCAUACAAGACAGCUGCCUCCCUGGUCCAAAUACAUCACAGACAAAACCAGAACCAGACGUUUAAUGGCUUUAAAUUCAUCCUCAUGAAUUAUUCAGUUGUAGCUGCUAAUAAUGAACUCUUCAAACUGCUAAAAAGGGUACUUUUCCAACCCAGUUUCUUCAGAUGGUCAAUGUGAACAGGUAUCAGGUUGUGUGAAUUUCCCCUGGGACCCGACAUACUUUUCUUUUUGUGUUUUGUUUUUUUCAAACCAAAAAGAAAACAAACAAAAAAAACAUUUAAAUUGACGUGAGACUCACAUUAAAACUAGAAAAGAGCAAAUUAGAGUAACGAACAACCUUGAUUACUAAAAGUAAGUAAUUGGUUAAGCUCAAUGAUUUUUAGAUUCAUUCUGCAUCAACAAAGAAUGUUUAAAAUACAAGACAAAUAUAGCUUUCCAUGUCAUACAAAACUUUAAUGACAAUUACAGUCAUGCAUAACUAGUAAAUAUUUGCCUUUCUGUAUUGAUUAUGCAAACAGUUCUGUGGAAAACACAGCUAGCACUAGCUUAGCUACAUAGCAGGAAAAGGACUAAUGUUAGCUUAGUUGUUUGGUCAAAAUGCCUUAACUUUAGUCUAACUAAUACUGUUCAAACAACAAACACCCAGACUAGUCAUAAGCUAGAAGUAAUAAUUAUCAAAUUGUGAGGCAAAAAAACAACGAAGGAUUAACUGUCUUAGGUAAAACUUUUAAAUGUUGGUAGUGCAGAAAUCAAUGGCGACUUCUUUUUGGUGACAUAAGUCAAUUCAUUUUUGAGUCCAAAGUAAAAAUGUUUCAAAUCAGAAUUUUGACUUGGAAAUUUGCUUAGUGUGUGUCAGAAAUGUACAGCUCACAAUCCAACAUGGCUGCCAUGCGUAAAAUGUAGUUGUAACUUACAGAAUUUUUUUUUUUUUGCUCUUAUGAAGGUGUGUGUCUGCGAAAAUCAGUCACAUAUAUGCAGUACUAUACGACCUGUGGCAGUAAAAGUCCUGCUGAGGUA